UCUUUCUCUCUCCUAUAGUUGGCUGUUUCUGUUCCCCCACCACCUUCAAUCUCAUCUUCCUUCAUAAAUUCAUAUGGGUUUCUUUUCUUUUCUCAUAUACUCACUCUAACAUCAAAAAGUUUCAAUUUUUAUAUUUAUAACAUGGGUUUGUGUUUUCCUUUUCUUUAAUUUAACCCCUUUGUGUAUUUGGACUUGUGGGUUUUUUUAAGGGUUAAUUUUUUUUUUGGUUGAAAGUUGAUUUUUUUUUUUUUGUGGUUGGAGAUGUUGGGUUCAGGGACAAAUUUAGUGACAACUGUUAUUGGAUUUGGCAUGAGUGCCACUUUCAUUGUUUUUGUCUGCACAAGAAUCAUUUGUGGUAGACUUAGAGGUGGUGUUGAAUCUAGGAUGAUGUAUGAGAUUGAAUCAAGAUAUGAUAUAGAACAGCCAGAACAUCAUGUUAAUGAUCCUGAUCCUGAACCAGUUAUGCUUGAAGCAAUCCCCACUUUGAAGUUCAAUCAAGAGGCUUUCAGUUGCAUUGAAGAUACACAGUGUGUAAUAUGUUUGGCAGACUACAAAGAAAGAGAAAUAUUACGGAUCAUGCCGAAAUGCGGACACACUUUUCAUCUUUGUUGCAUUGAUAUAUGGCUGAGGAAACAAUCAACCUGUCCAGUAUGCCGUCUGCCAUUAAAAAACUCGUCCGAAACAAAACAUGUGAGACCUGUAACAUUCACCAUGAGCCAACCUCUUGACGAGCCGCCACACACUUCAGAAAGGAACGCAGAUAUUGAUAGGCACGAUGAACCUACCGCCGUUAACUCCACACAACCAACUUCUGAAGAACCAGAAGCAAGGCAAUAGUUAUCUAUGUUGUCUUAAGGGAUUGUUCUGAUUUCCAAAAAUAGAUUAGUGAUCAUUUUCUGGUUCUAUAGAUGAAUGUUUUUAACUAGAUUGGAUUCAAAUUCUUUCUAUGUAUUAUUAUGGCUUUCAUAUUCACUUGGUGAUGUAAAAUAGGCCAUGUCAAUUGUCAAGUCAACAUUGGUUUUCUGCAGCUGAGAUGUAUAUAAUAUCUUUCCUUCUGCAGCAUAUGCAGGCCUAUGUUUUGAUGGAAUUUAUUUUACACCAUGUUUGGAGUUUUUUUGAU